AUGGACGGCGGGCGCGCGACGGACAGACAACGGAUGCGUAACGGAUGGUGCGGCCCGCCGCGCGUCCGCCGCACCUCCGUCGCGCAUCCGUCAUCUGUCCGCCGCGCAGCCGCCGCGCGUACAGCAGACAUGGACGAUCUGCAUCAUCUCAGUCCACUGGCCUUGGCCGCCAUGGCAUCUGCCACCGACGCGCUGGUGAAAGGUGUCUGUGAGAAUUCCACGAACCCCACGACGGAGCUCGCGUGGCUGGGAUUGCACGAGGAAGCCGCGAGGCUCGGAAAACUGAGCCAGGAUGCUGCCUCCGCGUUCAUCUUGGCAAGACAUGGAAGCGACGCGGACACCAGCGCCCUUGAGACAAAGGUGGCGGAGCUUUGGGCCUCCGAACAGCGGCUCAUGUUUGGCUCCUGGAGCCCAAGCGUAGCGGCACCGCCGAGUCAGGCGCUGCUGGAGGAGGUGAUCACCACGGUGAGGCCUGCUGUGGCCUCUUUCCAGGAGGCAUCGGCCGGCACGGAUGUGCUCGCUGUGGUUGAUGCCGCCGCAUCGGUUUUUGCUGCAGCGGAGGCGCUGCGGCAGAAAUAUCUGAAUGGUGCCGUGGAGGCGAACCCCCACUGGCCCGGUGCACGCGUCGGCGUCGCCGCAAAGCAGGUCGCCCAGGCAAGCCGUAUUCACAAGGAGGUGCUCCUUUCCCUCUACGGUUUGCGGACGGGUGCCGUCGACUUGCAGAAUGCAAUAGACGAGUUUGAGGCUGCGCACAACCAGCUGAAGGAUGGAGGCGGCGAGAUAGCUGCGAUCAUCCCGGAGAGACAGGACUUGCUGAUCCAGUGGCAACAGGUAGACGCGGCGUGGGUGGCGAUGCGCGAGGAAGCCAGAACUGUGAACACCGAGGAGGUUUCGAACCUGGCAGCUGCUGUGGGCUCCCUCAGCGCCGAGCUUUUGGCUGCAGUGCCACUCUAUAGCAUUGAGGAUGUCAGAGAUCCGGCGGCGUUCCCGUGGCCGACAGCGAUCUACAGCGGCCUGGGCGCCUCACUGGUUCUGAGCUUCUGCAUCAUCGUGUACUGCCAGUGGGUGCGCGAGCGCCAAGUGAAAGACAAGGACAAGACCGGAGCAGGCUAUCCUGCAGGAGCAAGGCACGACAUUGUCGAGGAGGUCUGA